AUGACUGGCUUAGCGGCCAAGUUACACUUGGCAAUCAAUUGCUUUUGCACAACAAGAACUUGUGGGGCAGGAAUCUCAAUACCCAAGUCACCUCUGGCAACCAUGACACCGUCAGUUUCUUUCAAAAUGUCAUCGAAGUUGUUGACACCCUGUUGGUUCUCAAUCUUAGCGAUGAUUUGGAUGUCCUUACCAUCCUCACCCAAAACCUUUCUGAUUUCCUUGAUGUCGUUACCGGUUCUGAUGAAAGAGGCAAAAACCAUGUGCACACCGUUCUUGACACCGAAUCUGAGGUCGGCCUUGUCCUUCUCGGACAAAGCUGGCAAGUCAACAUCGGUACCUGGCAAGUUAACACCCUUGUGGGAGCAAAUCUUACCGGCGUUGACGGACUUGACCUUCAAGGUCUUGUCAUCAACAACUUCAAGAACCUCAAAGGACAAAACACCAUCGUCAACGUAG